AUGGCGGCCUCCUCAGAAGAAGCAUUGAGAGUCGAAGACGUGGAGCCUUCACCCCUAGACCUGCCGGAACCGAUGUUGCAAGACGAGGGUACCACUGACGAUCUCGAACUGGCGGCGUACUGCGCGACCGUCGCCGUGACCGACUUUGCUUCACCCUCGACCAGCCAGCGCCUCCCGAUGAACACGAAGCCCACCCAACCAUCGCCGAAGCCAAAGCGAAUACGCCCAGGACUUGAGCGCAACUCCAGCUCCUUCUCCUCAAUAUCGAGCUACUUCAAACAUCCAUUCUCGCACAUCAAAGGCCGAAACAAGUCGUUCCGCGGGUCCAACUCCUCAUCCUCCAAGUCAGCAUCCACCAUCAGCUCACCCGAGAUCCAAGCGAUGAUCAAGGGCAAGGUGGUCCCUGACCUGCAUGCGGUGAACAAGGCGCUAGAGGCUGCGAAUGGCAGCUUGGAUGACAGCGAGGGUGGAAAACUCACCUGUGCGAAGGAGCUCAAUGCGAUUGCAGCGGGUAUCGAGGCAGCACACCGAGAUGGCAAGAAGCUGCUCGUCGAAGCCAUGCAGGCUCGCAGUGCUGGAAAGCCCGAGAUCUGCCGGGCCAAAUGUAUUCAGAUUAUCCAUAGUCCCUUCGCGGAGGUGGAGAUGAAGGUCUAUGCAUCCAACGUCCUAUCGACCCAGGCAUCGGUCGGACAGGCAGAGCACUUCCUCGAUAAGUCAGUGGCGUUGGUGGAAGGGAGCACUCACGACGAAGCGGAGAAGGACCAGAUGCUGGCUGUCGUCGCGAUGUUGAGGGCGAGUGCGAAGACGAGAGUAGGGACUACACGAACUACCUCCAAUGCAGAAGAGGCCGCCGAUCACCAAAAGUCCGAAGACUGGUUACAUCGAGGUGGUCGCGAGUGGCAUCGUGGCGUUGUCGCGGAUGCGGCGAAGAAGGGCAACGCGCAUCUGGGACCACCGGACUCGACUACAAUGAACGAUGUCAGUACCACGCCGAGGACGGACAAGAUCCUGAAGUGGGCGGGAGAGGGUAGGAAGAAGGGCACGUUGGGACAUGCUAGGACGAAUGAGGAGAUCUUGUGUACGUGUGGCACGCCUGGGAAGGGGAGGAUGUGUCUGGUGCACUGGGCGUGA